UGAUCAAACAUGGCUGGCUUGGUUCGUUGGCUAUGUAGCUUUCGGUAGCGAUCUUUCCAAACUGUAAAGUUAGCAUUCAAUAGGUUAGAUUAAUUUGUUUUAUUUAUUUGUUAUUCCUCUCAUUUAAUAAUUACAUACUGACAAUCAAAACUUUUGUGUUGUGUAGUGGAAGUGCAAAGUGUAUAAUGUCAACCUGUAUUUUUUAAAAACAAGGUAUUGAAGUUAAAACAUGGAUUUCGGACAUCCUCCACCGAAUAUGAGCAUGCCUCCUCCCGGCAUGGGUGGUCCAAUGGGCCCACCGGGUCGUAACAACAUACGCCAUAAUUUUAGGCCUUUCAACUACCAGAUGCGCUUCCCACCUCAGGGUCCCCUCAACAUGACUCAAGAUGAUUUCGAUGGUAAACGUCUCCGUAAAUCUGUUAUGCGUAAAACUGUUGACUAUAAUGCUGCUAUUAUAAAAGCUUUAGAAUGUCGUGUGUGGCAAAGAGACUGGCGGGACAGACACGCACUGCAACCGGAUGCUAUGUAUACUCCUGACCUGUUACCGCCACCCUCUUAUCCUGAUAAUCCUAUUAACGCUGUCACAACACGUUUCGUUAAAACCGCCACUAACAAAAUGCGAUGUCCAAUCUUCGCAGUAGCGUGGACGCCAGAAGGUCGUAGAUUAAUAACUGGAGCAUCUUCCGGAGAAUUCACAUUAUGGAAUGGACUUACUUUUAAUUUUGAAACAAUCUUACAAGCUCAUGAUUCCCCAGUAAGAUCUAUGGUAUGGUCGCAUGGUGAAGGCUGGAUGGUAACUGGUGAUCAUUCCGGCUUUAUCAAGUAUUGGCAAAGCAAUAUGAAUAAUGUUAAAAUGUACCAAGCUCACAAAGAAGCAGUAAGAGGAAUUAGUUUUAGCCCUAGUGAUUCUAAGAUUGUUACGUGUUCUGAUGAUGGCACAUUACGUAUAUUUGAUUUCUAUAGAUGUCAAGAAGAAAGAAUAUUGAGAGGUCAUGGUGCAGAUGUAAAGUGUGUCCAAUGGCAUCCAACAAAAGCUCUUAUUGUAUCAGGAAGUAAAGAUAAUCAACAACCAAUAAAAUUGUGGGAUCCUAAGUCUGGAACUGCUUUAUCAACUCUUCAUGCACAUAAAUCUACAGUAAUGGAUUUAAAAUGGAAUGAUAAUGGCAAUUGGCUGAUAACUGCAUCAAGGGAUCAUUUACUAAAAUUAUUUGAUAUACGUAAACUUGGAACAGAACUACAGGUAUUUAGGGGGCAUAAAAAAGAGGCCUCAAGUGUAGUAUGGCACCCUCAUCAUGAAGGAUUAUUUUGUUCUGGAGGUUCUGAUGGAGCUAUUCUGUUCUGGAAUGUAGGAACUGAUAAAGAAGUUGGUUGUAUUGAAGGUGCUCAUGAGUCUAUUGUAUGGACUAUGGCAUGGCAUCCUUUAGGACAUAUAUUAUGUUCAGGUUCGAAUGAUCACACAUCAAAAUUUUGGACUCGAAAUCGUCCUGGAGAUCAAAUGAGAGACAAAUAUAAUUUGAAUACUCUACCACCAGGUGUCCAAGAUGACAAUGAUUUAGAGGAACCAGCUGUUAUACCUGGAAUGGGUCCUGAAGACAAAGUUGAAAUAUUUUCAUCUGACACUGAUAAGGUUAUACCUGGCUUAGAUCUGGACACAACCUUUGUGCCAAUGGAAUUUGAAAAGAAAAUAAAGAAAGUACCAUAUAGUAAACCUAUACCAAGAAACUUCCAAGCACAGUGGAAUCAUGGUCCAUCAGUAGAUGAUGCUGCCAGUGAAGCUUUAACUCAAGCUUUAGUGGAGUCUGUGCCUGGUGCUGUACCACUUCAACAAUUGACACCAUCUGCUAUUUAUAUCUAUGGUAAAUUAAUUACUGUUGAUGCUGGCUCCAAACUAGAGAAGGCAAUAACAGAAGGACCUAUUGCUUUAAAAAGAUACAUUGCAACUGGUGAAAUAGAAGAGUUGCAUGAUAUGAUGCCUCAUUUAGAACAUGAUGCUGAUGAUGAAAAUUUCACACCAUUUGAAUAUCCUGUCCAUAAUCCCGAUUCUGAAAAUCCUGAUGAUGAAGAUAAAGAAAAAGAAGAUUACAUUGAUGACCAAUUCUAUGAUGAGGAAAAUGAUGUUUCUCUUACAGAACAAAAUAAUGAAGAACAGUAUAAUAAUUAUGACAAUGGCUCAGAUAUGAACAACAUGGGACCGAUGAAUAACAUGCCUCAAAUGGGCCUAAUGGGACCCCCAAUGGCUAUGAAUAUGGGGCCUCCAAUGGGACCAAUGAAUAUGCCACCACCCCACAUGGCUGGUAUGCCUCCGAUGGGCAAUAUGCCACCAAUUGGUAGUAUGCCUCCGAUGGGUAGCAUGCCUCCAAUGGGGAGUAUGCCUCCUAUGGGCAACAUGCCUCCUCCUUUUCCUGACAAUGGUUACACUAAGAACCAUUAUGAUUCCAGUUUUGAGAAUCAACAAUUUUCUCAACAAGAUGAUGAAGAAUACAAUGAAGAAGAUAACUUUGAACAAAAUUAUGACGAGGAUGGCGAUAAUGGUAUGAAUGAUGGUUUUAAUAGAAAUCAAAGGUGGGGUGGUAACUAUAGAGGAAGAGGACACGAUUAUGGUAGAAAUCACGAUCGUGGUAGAUCACAAGAUAGAGGUAGGGGCCGCGGUAUUAAUGGCCAUCGUGGAAACCGGAGAGGUAAUAGUAACCCACGUGGUUCUCCCUGGACCCGUAGGGGUGGUGGCUCUCAUCGUUCGUUUAGAAGGGGCAGCAAAUCAAUUUCUAACUAGCACAUGUUUUUGUAAACGCAUGCACAGACUAUAAAUCUUUCAUGAAUUCAAAAUGUAAGUGUCUUAGUGUAAAAAUAUAGUGAAGGCGAUAAAUUGUUGUACAU